AUGUGGCAACGGCAACGAUUAAUCUUCGCUAUUGUAAUAAUUAGCUUCUGUCAUAACCUUGCGGAGGCCUACAGAAUAUUCAGCAUAAAUAGCAGCCCCAGCCGUUCACAUGUGAUUGUGCAGGAAGCUUUGGCCAAGGAAUUGGCCCGUCGUGGUCAUCAUGUUACCAUGGUCACUCCGUUUUCUACGGCACCAACGUUGGAAAAUUACCGGGAGAUAACAGUACCGAUUUCCGACGAAGGAACAAGUAAGAAUUGUAUGAUGACGAGGUUUGUAAACGAUCAGUCGUUUUGGACAGCGCUUAAAAAUUUUCCAGCUAUGAGUGCGGUAUUUAACAAUGCGGUGAAUGACACCUUGAAUCAUCCGACGGUGAAACGUAUCCUUAAUGAGGAAAAAUUUGAUCUGAUAAUUGCGCCCGUUAUGGUAGAUUUCAUUUUGGGCUUAACUCAAUUACUAGAUGCACCUGCUGUCGUUGUUUGUCCAAAUUCUGUGUUCGGAUAUAUUAAUGACUUGGUUGGAAAUCCAAGUCCGAUUGCGACAGUACCAAGUAUCAUGAUGGGACUUUCCAGUCCCAUGAAAUUCACUGAUAGAGUUUUCAACCUUGCUGGUUGGGUGUUAGAAACUACAAUCGGAUGGUACAUAACGCGCAGUUCGGAGCCAUACUACUACUCAAAUUUUCCGUCCGACAAGUUCCAUCCAUAUGAUGCUGCUCGCAAGAAUGUUUCGCUACUGUUAGUAAAUCAACAUUUUUCCAAAGCUUCACCACGCCCGUACGUACCUGCUGUUGUCGAAGUGGGUGGUCUACAGGUCAAAUCAAAACCAGAUCCAUUGCCUAAUGAUCUCCAAGAGUGGAUGGACGGUGCAGAACAUGGUGUAAUUUUCUUUAGUUUAGGUACCAACAUCAAAAGUUCGUCGCUGCCACAGGAAACACUAGAUGCUGUGCUUAAUACCUUAAAGAAGUUGAAACAAAGAGUUAUCUGGAAGUGGGACUCACAUGAUAUGCCCAAUAAGCCUUCAAAUGUUCUACUACGCAAGUGGUUGCCUCAAGAUGAUAUUUUAGCACACAAAAAUGUUCGACUUUUCAUAACGCACGGCGGCUUGGGAGGGGUAGCGGAAGCACAGUAUCACGGCAUUCCCAUGGUGGGUAUUCCAUUCUUCGGUGACCAACGGGGGAAUCUCUUGCAGGUUAAAAAAGCAGGUUGGGCGGUUAUGCUAGAGUUUGCUGAUUUAACCGAACAAACAUUCACCGAAGCAAUAAAGGAGGUGUUGGAAAACUCGAGCUACACAAGUAUGGUGAAAAAGCUUUCCGUAUUAUAUCGGGAUCGCCCGAUGACGGCUAUGGAUACUGCCGUAUUUUGGACGGAAUACGUGAUCCGACACAAAGGGGCUCGUCAUAUGCGCUAUUCGGGAAUGGAUCUCAACUUUUUCCAGCUGAAUUUGUUGGACGUAUGGGCAGCGCUUGGUGCCAUUGUUUUGGUGAUUUAUGUUGCUGUACGCAUAUUCAAAUUCAGCUGCCGUAGAAAACGACGAUUGAAAGUGAAAAGACGCUAG